CCAGUGAAUUGAAGAACAAGGUGCUUCUAAGUGGCUGGUGACAUGAACAAUGGCUCCUCUGUUAAGAAAUGAUUUGAGUGGUGGCGCCAUCUGUUGGUAGAAAGAAUCAAAUGCAACAUGACUAGUCUACUUCAGGGUGACUCGCACAAGUUAGCCUAGAGCCUAAAAAAGGCUAGUUUCAAAAUGAGCUAGCUUAAGAAGAAGAACAAGAAGAAUGUGUACACGAGACUAAAGAGAGCAUGUUCUAGGCUUUUCCAGUUCCUGUCCGGCGAGGUGUUUUCAUGAGGAACAGCCCACCCUGUUUCUGAGUAUAAACUCCUCACCUCACUCUUACUUUCACAUUCGGUAAAACGUCUAUGCUCCUCACUUCGUCUCCCGUCACUCUGCCGCGCAGAUUGAGCCGCCGUGUCCACACACUCAGCCUAAACCUCUUUUUUCAGCAGGGUUGGCUAAGAGAAAUGCCAUUUACGUUCCUGAAAAUUGGGAGGAGCAAGAACGAGCAGAUGGCUCAAAGAAAUAACAGUUCUCAAAUGAGUGAAUGCCUCAACCACAUGGAUUCCGCUGGUGAGGGUGGAGAGGGCUCCGGCAGAAGACCACCACAGGAGCCAUCCACAAAACGCAGGCACAGUCAGUCUUCUAGUGCAGAAAACACAAGCUUCGACUUUGGGGAAAACCAGGAAGACACAUAUCCCAUUGGACGACUGAAGAAAGAUCCUGAUUGCCACAUGCAGCUGGAUAGCUUGUCUGGCGGACCACAUCACACUGUGCUUAUCGAUACAAAGGAAUUUUAUGACAGAAAACUCACUCCAUAUAAGGGGCAACAUGUUUGGGACAGCAACCAUGUGAAAUUGCCUCCAGGUCUCCCAAAGAGUAAUGCUGAGGCUCGCUGGAGAGCCGUACAGAGAGCGCUACACAACCUCACAAUGAGCAAGCCUUCAGUAGGAGAUGUAGAGAUGGCCAUUAAGUCAUACAAUCACUCUCACCAAAUGCAAUGGCCUUUCGAUUCCCUUUAUACCUACUUUAAGUGUCUAAACAAAAAGGAGAAAAAUUUUUCCAGUGUGAUCUCCAAAAUGGCCAGUCUGGCAUUGCAGCUACCGGAUCUCAUCAAACAUCCCAUUCCUAUGCUGAAGCAGCACCGCAGCCAUGCCAUAACAAUGUCCCAGGUACAGAUCUCCUGUUUGUUGGCCAACGCCUUCUUCUGCACCUUCCCCCAUCGCAACGCCACUAAGCCUGGCAGUGAAUAUUCCAAUUACCCCACUAUCAACUUCAGCAGCCUGUUUGGUAACACAUGCAAGCGGAAGACAGAGAAGCUGAGAUGCCUUUUCCAUUACUUCAGCACUGUAACUGAAGAAGGCACAAAACCUGAUGGACUAGUCACUUUUGAAAGAAUCUGCAUUCCACUAAAUGAGCUCCCCACCUGGAAAGAGCAACAAGAGACUCUGUCCAACCUUCAUGUCACUGCCAAUGGCACCAUUGAGAAAGAAGGUAGUGGUAUGCUACAGGUGGAUUUUGCCAGCAAGUUUGUAGGUGGAGGGGUGCUGGGGAGAGGACUGGUCCAAGAAGAGAUCCGCUUCCUUCUGAGCCCAGAGCUGAUCGUGGCCAGGCUCUUCACUGAGAAACUGGCUGAAAAUGAGUGCCUGAAGAUCACAGGAGUUCAGACAUACAGUGUUUGUUCUGGCUAUAGUGAUUCCUUCGAAUGGCUCUGUCCACAUAAAGAUGACACUGAGAGAGAUGAGUGGAAAAGGCGGUACUGUCAGAUUGUUGCCCUCGAUGCUUUGAGCUUCAAGGACCCCAGGGAACAGUACACUGAGCAAAACUUAAAGCGAGAGCUCAACAAGGCCUAUGUUGGCUUCAGGGGGGAUCCUAAUAUUCCUUCUGACUACACUCCUGCCAUCGCAACUGGAAACUGGGGAUGUGGGGCUUUUAACGGUGAUCCAAGGCUUAAAGCUCUCAUUCAGAUGAUGGCUGCAGCUGUGGCUAAACGAGAUUUGGCGUUCUUCACCUUUCGGAACAAGAAUCAAGCACAGGAAUUGCAGAAAAUGCAUAAAUUACUGAAGGCUCACCAAGUCACCGUGGGCCAGUUAUACUUGCUGCUGAAGAAGUACUGUGAUGACUACAGUCAUUACCAGCAUAAGAAGAAUGUCUUUGAGUUUGUCAGAGAAAUGGCCAGUCCAUCUAGUCAACUGUGAAGUGGAAACAAACACAGUACUUGAGAGCAACACUGAGAGGAAUAGUGUGACUCCCUCAUCAUAUAACGAAAAAACUGUAAUGAAAAAAUUGAAUGAAUUUUUGGGUUGAGGGUUUACAUUUAUCUGCAAUAGAAACUUCACUGAAAUUUCAGCGCCUGACGUGUUGCACUUUAUAUACUGAUUUUAAUAGGGUGCAUAUUUCUUUUCCUGUGAUCUUAUCAUAAUGCAUUUUUGUAAAUAAUAAAUAAAUGAUAAAUAAUAAAA